GGCUGACCCUGUGGGCUCGUCUCGCCCGCGGCGAGCCUGUUUCAUUGCUUCUUCAACCAAGGCAAACCAUAUAUACCCAGACCCCAGUUUGGUUCAGCACAGCAAACACUCAUCCUCCCACUCCCGGCGCACCAAAGGCAACGACUCACUGCUAAGUUAGCUACACACACGAGCACAGGAUGGCCUGCGCCUUCUUCUUCGACGCCGAGCCGGUCGGCGAGCCCGGCGUGCACGCCCUGGACGCCUGCGCGCUCUGCACCAAGCCGCUGGCGCGGGACUGCGACAUUUUCAUGUACAGAGGGGACAUGCCCUUCUGCAGCGACGAGUGCCGGCACGAGCAGAUGCGGCUCGACGCCGCCUGCGCCAGGCAGACGGCCAGGGCGGCCGCCCGGAGGCAGAAGCAGUUCUCUUCGGGAACGGAGUCCGGCCGUGCACGCCGGGAGUCCUGCGAGGUGUCCGUCGCGAGCUAACCGGUGACAGGGCCAAGCUGCCUACGCACUUGAGCCAACAACAUCUGCGUGCACGACGACGCCGUCGCCCGUGGCUAACUGGUGAGCGCGGGAUCGAAGAGAUUCUCCUUGGUUGAAGAAUCAAGAUGCGGCUCAUCGGCAUGCGCUGCACGGGCCGCCCGUCGAGUGAUUUGGGCAUAAACACAGCGGCAAAGGAGUUGGACUGAAUCUGAAGAAGACAAUCAAACUAGAUUCUCCACGGCCUUAGCCGGCCAUGUGUGCCCCUCGGCUCUCCUUUUCUGCAUUAACGUCAGUUCUGUAUGAGAGCGAGUUUGCAGUGCCACUUUCACAGUCAAUCGAAUGACAUAAGACAUGCCUUUGUUCAA